AUCCCACAGCACCAACACACUCACUCACUCAGAUACCCUUUCUUUCUUUUUCUCCCUCAAUUUCCGAAUCAAUCAAAUAAACAUAUUCGUCACUCACACACGCAUUCAAUUCCUAUAGGACUAGUAAUAUUUUUAAUUUUUAAUAAAUAAAAAAACAAAUAAAAAAUUCAUCAAUUCAUUUUCUCUUCGCACACUCACUAACCCUUCAAAUCUUCCUCAAACAUUCUCUUCAUUUUCUCACAACACAAAUUCCAUUCAACCAAAAAAUAAAAAUCUUCAUCUUCCUCAUUUUUUUGUAGCAACAGAAAAAUCGAAAUGGCUCUAUCACGUUUAGCGUCAUCUUCAACCGUCGGAUCCAAUCUCGUCAAACCAAUCUCCGCCGCCAUAUCUCUUCACCGUCCGAUCUCCUCCGACGCAACCACCACACUCACAAUCGAAACAUCCCUCCCUUUCACCGCCCACAAUUGCUCACCACCGUCCACCUCCGUCACCACAACCCCCUCCGAACUCCUCUCCUUCUUCCGCACCAUGGCCUUAAUGCGUCGAAUGGAAAUCGCCGCCGAUUCACUCUACAAAUCAAAACUCAUCCGCGGUUUCUGCCACCUCUACGACGGCCAAGAAGCCGUCGCGGUCGGUAUGGAAGCAUCAACAACUAAAAAAGACUGUAUAAUUACUGCUUACCGUGAUCACUGUACUUUUCUCGGCCGCGGCGGAACCCUACUUGAGGUUUAUUCUGAACUUAUGGGAAGAAUUGAUGGGUGUUCUAAAGGGAAAGGUGGUUCAAUGCAUUUUUAUAAGAAAGAUUCUGGGUUUUAUGGGGGUCAUGGAAUUGUUGGUGCUCAAGUUCCACUUGGUUGUGGUUUAGCUUUUGGUCAGAAAUAUUUGAAAGAUGAAAGUGUUACGUUUGCUUUGUAUGGUGAUGGUGCUGCUAAUCAGGGGCAACUUUUUGAAGCUCUUAAUAUUGCUGCUCUUUGGGAUCUUCCUGCGAUUUUGGUUUGUGAGAAUAAUCAUUAUGGAAUGGGGACUGCUGAAUGGAGAGCUGCUAAGAGUCCUGCUUAUUACAAGAGAGGAGAUUAUGUUCCUGGAUUGAAGGUAGAUGGCAUGGAUGUUCUUGCUGUGAAACAAGCUGUUAAAUUUGCAAAGGAGCAUGCUUUGCAGAAUGGGCCCCUUAUUCUUGAAAUGGACACUUACAGAUACCAUGGUCACUCAAUGUCUGAUCCUGGAAGCACAUACCGAACACGUGAUGAAAUUUCUGGUGUGAGACAGGAGCGUGACCCAAUUGAGAGAGUAAGAAAGCUGUUACUGUCUCAUGACAUUGCUACCGAAAAGGAGCUAAAGGACACUGAAAAAGAAGUCAGAAAAGAAGUUGAUGAAGCUAUUGCUAAAGCAAAGGAGAGUCCAGUGCCAGAACCGUCUGAUCUAUUUAGCAAUGUAUAUGCUAAAGGAUACGGAGUUGAGGCAUUUGGCGCUGAUAGGAAAGAAUUAAGAGCUACUUUGCCAUAAAUAGGAAUUUAGUCCUACAAGACUGAUCAAAAUAAUGAAGAAUAAAAGAUUUUUCCGCAGAACAAAUUCAAGCCUAUUGGUUGAGUUUUCCCUAAGUAUAUAGGAAAUUUACCCUUGAAUAGCAAUGGGGUGAAAAUGAUUACUUUUUGCCGUGUAAUUUUUUAGUGGAGGAUAUUGGGGCAUUGAGCAAAGCAUUACUGUGUUUGAUGCAUCUUGGGUGGUCUGCAAAUUUGAGGAAUUCAUUGUGUACAAUUCACCUUAACCUUUAUUACUAGGUGGCAUGUUUUUGCCAUUAGUUUUGUUACUAUUCA